AUGGUGAAGACCAACAACGGUAGACCUAACAUUCGAAUCGCUCCGGUUGAAACUCAUUCAUCUGGUGGAAUACAGUGCUGUUGGUGUAGAUGUUUCACCUGUAUACACAUCGAGUUCAUGAAAACUUUGCCGGGUGCUGUCAAAGUCGCUGAAACGAUAAUGAGUGGAUUGAUCCAGAGUUUAUUGAUAAAUUAUGGGCUUCGAUACAGCGCAAAUAUUGGUUCAGCGUUUGAAAGUUCUUUAACAACAUCCUCCGCGUGUUUUUUCACCUCGGCGUUGCUGCUCGGCUGCUACGUUAUUUCCGAAAGGUCUUAUAAUCUCAUCCGGGCGUCGCUCUUCGAAAUGAUGUUCAACGCAUUUGCUUGUUUUUUUUACUUGAGUUCCGCUUUUUACCUCGCAUUCUCUACUAAAAUGUUUCUCGGGGUUCAAUAUUAUAUUACACCGGGAUUUGACGUCUAUCCGGCGAUGACUGCCGCCUACAUGAUGAGCGGAGUUGUCGGUGUAAUUCAUGGUGCAGACGCGUACUUUUCAUUUAGACAUUACAGAGGAAGUAGAUAA